UCACAGGGUCCCUGUCAUUAAACUAUCAGAGUCAGUCAGUGACUUAGUUAGUCAGUCAGUCAGUCAGUUAGUCAGUCAGUCAGUCACUUAGUUAGUUAGUUAGUUAGAUAGUGAACAAUUCAGACUCGCAAGUGAGUUGCUGAGAUUUGUUGAGCAGGGAUGGGGAUGCAUCUCAUUUGUGUGACUUAUAAUGCCAUCAUCCAUAUUGACAGGAUCUCUAUAGCCUAUAAGGGGAGAUAGAUGAUGCUUGUAGAGACGUGGUGUUUGUGGAUGUGAGUGACAUGUUCCAGCACGCUGCUGGUUGGGUCUCAGGUGUUCUUUCGUUUGAGACUCCUCCCCUGCCGAGAGUGCCAACAUGACCGCCGCCGGCCACCUGGGCGCCGGCUCGCUGUGUGCCAUCUGUGGCGACCGAGCGACGGGCAAACACUACGGAGCGUCCAGCUGCGACGGCUGCAAGGGCUUCUUCCGACGCAGCGUACGCAAGAACCACAUGUACUCCUGCAGGUUCAGCCGCCAGUGCAUCGUGGACAAGGACAAGAGGAACCAGUGCCGGUACUGCCGCCUCAAGAAAUGCUUCAGGGCCGGCAUGAAGAAGGAAGCUGUACAGAACGAAAGAGACAGAAUCAGCACGAGAAGGUCCAGUUAUGAGGACAACAGUCUACCGUCCAUCAAUGCGCUCAUCCAGGCAGAUGUCCUGUCCAGACAGGUGUUGAAAUCUUUGCAGAUCUCGUCACCGGGGCCCAUUCUAAAUGGCGACAUCAGGACAAAGAAAAUAGCAGUAAUCACAGAUGUGUGUGAGUCUAUGAAGCAGCAGCUACUGGUACUGGUGGAGUGGGCCAAAUACAUCCCCUCCUUCUGCGACCUGCCACUGGAUGACCAGGUAGCCCUUUUGCGAGCUCACGCCGGAGAACAUCUCCUCUUAGGUGUCGCUAAGCGCUCAAUACUGUACAAAGACCUGCUCCUAUUAGGAAAUGAUCACAUAAUCCCACGGAAUUGUCCGGAGUUGGAAGUGAGUCGUGUGGCUGUGAGAAUUCUGGAUGAACUGGUCUUGCCUUUCCAAGAACUCCAGAUAGAUGAUAACGAAUAUGCUUGCCUAAAAGCUAUUGUAUUCUUCGACCCAGAUGCAAAGGGCCUGAGUGACCCGGGCAAGAUCAAGCGCAUGCGCUACCAGGUACAGGUGAGCCUGGAGGACUACAUCAACGACCGGCAAUACGACUCCAGAGGGCGCUUCGGCGAGCUGCUGCUGCUGCUGCCCACUCUGCAGAGCAUCACCUGGCAGAUGAUCGAGCAGAUCCAGUUCGUCAAGCUCUUCGGCAUGGCCAAGAUCGACAACCUGCUGCAGGAGAUGCUGCUGGGAGGCUCUGCGAACGAGGCUCCCCACGCCCCCCACUCUCUGCACCCUCAUCUGGUGCAGGAGCACCUCAGCAACAACGUCAUUGUCACCACUAACAUGGCCACUCCAAUCCACAACGGCCAGAUCUCCACUCCGGAAACUCCAAUACCCUCGCCCCCAGCAACAUCUGGCUCCGAACACUACAAAUUGGCUCAGGGUGUCAUAGCAACGGUGCCCAAGCCACCCAGCUCAAUCCCUCAGCCCACCAUCACUAAGCAAGAAGCUAUUUAGCUUGCACCUUAACACAGACAGAACACAUAUGGUUGUCCACCUCAGAAAUUUGUAACAUAUUUGUUUUCUUUACUCCUGUUGUCGGGGAUAGCUCUAACAUGAUAAUGUUGUGAAAUAUUCAAGAACAUAUCUUUUGUGUGUGAAUUUUAUGGACUUUGAGGGGGAAACAAAACUCCCAAACAAUCGCACACAUAAGAACACACACACACACACACACACACACACACACACACACACACACACACACACACACACACACACACACACACACACACACACACACACACACACACACACAUUAACUGUAAGAUGCCUUAGGAAAAAAUGGAUUAUGUGUAAUUAUACUAAGUACAUGAAUGUUACAGUCAUCAGGCCAUUAGAGAAGCUGGGUACUGUAUAGUAUUUAAGUGAGUCAAACCUAGAAUCUAUCUAAUUCAGGCCAGUAACAUGGAAUAUACAACAGUUUCUUGUGAGAAUUCAUCUUGCCUGAAGCUUUGUGACAGCUUGUGUUGCCUUUCCGAUUUAACUGCAGUUUUCAUGCAUGUCUGUUUGUUUGUUUUUUCGGAUGUCAAUAUAAACACACAAUGCAUUUUGUAUAACAGUCUUCUCCAAGCAUUAUAUUAGGCAAAUGUAAAUAUCAUGUAUAUUAAGUGGAUUGGUUCACAGACAUUAGAGCACUUUGUGAUGAGCAGAGGCUCCCUGUGAGAUCAUCUGACAACUGAAGAAGUCCCUUCAUUUUCACUUUUCAGAAAUGUCAGAUAAAAGUUGUUUGUUCUGUAGAUGUGUAGACAUAUUCUGUUGGCUGUCAGAUACUGUACUGACGGGUGCAAUGUUAAUUACUUUUGCAAACUGUAAAACCUCUGGAAAAGUGCCUCUGGAAACCACACUGCCCUCCCAUACACGGGCUACCCCUGACCUUGAAAUGUGAAAUGAAAAUUAAAAUGUCAAGGUUUUAUUUUUACACAAA